CGGGUGACACCUGAAUGUUUAAAGGGCCAGAGUCAGCUGACAAACUCCAAACUAGGUCUCCUCCUGGGGGUCUGGAUCGGGAUCUUUGCACGGGAGAGAUGACCGAGGAGAGAGCUGGCGCAGUGCGCCAGAGCAGACGCGGGGCACAGCGGCUGGUAGAGACUUUUGGAGGAUGCAGUGUGCAGUUAUUUGUCGGGAUCUUCUCCCUGCUGCUGUCGCUGGCAGGGGUCGGUGCUACUGCAAAGAACGACUUCAGUUUGGUGAAUCCACUGGUCACUAUGGAGCAGCUGCUGUGGGUGAGCGGGAAGCUGAUUGGAUCUGUGGACACCUACCGCAUCCCUCUCAUCACAGUCACUCCUCGGGGCACUCUCCUUGCCUUUGCUGAGGCCAGAAAAUUGUCUGAUGUAGACAAGGGGGCCAAAUUCAUCGCUCUGCGGAGGUCCACGGAUCAGGGCAGCACAUGGUCUCCUACAGCCUUCAUUGUAAAUGAUGGGGAAUCCACGGAUGGCCUGAACCUGGGCGCAGUGGUGAGCGAUAAUAAGACAGGAACGAUAUUUCUUUUCUACGCGCACUGUGCUCACAAGAUUGGCUGCCAGGUAUCCUCCACCAUGUUGAUAUGGAGUAAGGACGAUGGUGUUUCCUGGAGCCCUCCCCGGAACCUCUCUGUGGAUAUCGGCACUGAGAUGUUUGCCCCUGGCCCCGGCUCUGGCAUUCAGAAACAGCGGGAGCCAAAGAAGGACCGGCUCAUUGUGUGUGGCCACGGGACGCUGGAGCGGGAUGGGGUCUUCUGCCUCGUCAGCGAUGACCACGGUGCCUCCUGGCACUACGGCGGUGGGAUCACCGGCAUCCCUUUCGACCAGCCCAAGCGCAACAACGAUUUCAACCCUGAUGAGUGUCAGCCCUAUGAACUCCCGGACGGCUCAGUUGUCAUCAAUGCCCGGAACCAGAACAACUACCACUGCCGCUGCCGCAUCGUCCUCCGCAGCUACGACGGCUGUGACACGCUGAAGCUGCGUGACGUGACCUUCGACACUGAGCUCAUAGACCCAGUGGUCGCCGCGGGAGCCGUAGCCACCAACUCCGGCAUCAUCUUCUUCUCCAACCCAGCCCACAGGGAGUCCCGCGUGAACCUGACCCUGCGCUGGAGUUUCAGCAAUGGCACCUCAUGGCGGAAGGAGAACAUCCAGGUGUGGCCAGGGCCCAGUGGCUACUCAUCGCUGGCAACCCUGGAAGGCGGCGCGGGUAGGGUGAACCAGCCCCCCCAGCUCUUCAUCCUGUAUGAGAAGGGCCGGAACCGCUACUGGGAGAGCAUCUCCCUGGCCAAAGUCAGUGUGUAUGGGACGCUCUGAGCAGCUGGGCACCUGCCACUGAGGUAGCCCCUCCGCGGGUCUGCAGGGGACUGCUGGAGACAAGUCUACCUUUAGACUCAAGUCUGUUGACAGGGAAAUCACUCAACAGGACACACAGGACGAUAGACUGGCCUCUCGCACAGGGGAUGCGCUGCCCUGGCCCGGGGUGCUGCCCUGCCACGAUGCUGGUUCCGUUGCCCUUCACCUUUGUGCCCACCCAGGAACAGUGGGCCCAUUCCUUGGGCACGGUGGGUGGGCCUGCAGAAUUGAAUCGGUGUGAACUCAGGGAAUUGGGGGGAAAUGAACUUCUUCUUUGGAGGUGCAAACUGGCUCUGAAGAGGGUGAGUGACCGUUCCAGGGGCAGGACAUUUGGAUGCAGGGUACAGAUGUAGGUGCAACAGCAGCCUUGAUUAUUUAUAAAUCACAAUGUUUAUAAAUUAAUGUUAUGAAUGAAGGCGAAUGAGCAUUUGUAGUCUCUGGUUUUGUCACUUCACUGCUUCAUGUCUAUUCUUCAUAGACACUUGAGAACUGGGAAUGCGUGUGUGGGAGGGAAUGUGUGCGUACUGACCAUGAAUAUCUGACUUUGGCAAACCCUUCCCCUUUCACAUUCUUUCUCAACACAGAAAUAAAGAUUCAUCGUUACGGAUGUAAUGAGGAGCGAGGGAAGGCCUACGAGAUUUUAAGACCUGCUUUGUUUUAUGUUUUCUAUUUUAAGAUGGAGUGGACACUAUCUUCCAUGAGGCAGGGGCAGGUUUAUAAAAUGUAGAGGGGAAAUCUCUCCCAGGUCAGCCUGGUGGAGAAAUAAGCACUGUGACAAAUUAUGUGAGAACAUAUUAGCUUCAUUCUAAGACAGAUGUUUGUAAAAAGAAUCUGGGCAGAACCUCCCUGGUGGCGCAACAGGGUACAGCACAGCAUUGCAAGCUAGC